AAUAUUCUUCGUUGUUGAACAUCUCUCACGUUUCUGCGCUAUAUCUCAGCGACUCCUUCACGCAAUCUUCACCGUCGACCCAACCCCGGAUGAAUUCCAUCAAAUUCUGCUUUUAGUAAACCCUAAUCUUCCAUGUUUUAUACUCGAUUUUUCAUUUCGCUCUUCAUGUAUCGAAUUUAGUUCAUUUUUCUUUUUCUUUUCAAUUAUUUGCGAUCCGGAUUCUAUCGUUGCUGCCCUUGUUUUUUUAAAUCCUUUGUUUCCUUUAUUUUUGUUUUUUCCUUUGACGAAUUGUUUGAUUCCCUUGGUAAUUUGCCUUUCACUUUGUUGGCUUGAUGAUUUGUCGAUCUGGGUUAGGGUUUGUUGUGGAUAUGGGGAUCUGAUUAUGUGGAUAUAUUUUGGGUUUUUGUUACUUUUGAUUUCCGAUCCUGUGUAAUUUUUCAUUGGGAUAGGAAUCCGAUCCUGUGCAAUUUUUCAUCGGGAUAGGAAUUAAACUGGUAUAUGAUUAAAAUUUAAGGUAUCAGAAUGAAAAUCUAUAUUGGUUAAUUUUCCUUAUGCUGCCCUAAAUUCAGCCUUGUCUUAGUUUCACUUAUCAUAUUGGCAGGAAGUAUAGAGGCUUUGAACUUGGGUCUUUUUUAUGAAACAUUUGCCAUUUUGCUGCAUUGUGUAGGUGGCAUCGCAUUUGUACACAAUUCUAGAUUCUAAUCGAGUAAGAUAAAUUUUGUUUCUCCUUGUUUGCUUUUGUUUUCAUGCAUUUUAAUGGAAAGGGGGGUUUAAGGGUUACAUAAAGGGAUAAUCAGAUGGUUGAUGUUAUAGUAGUCGCCUCCUUUAUUUUAACGUUGUCAGAACUCUCAUAGUGGAUGUUGUUGCUCUUGCAUAUCUGACCAUUUUUCUUCCCCUGAUGGACUGGGGAUGUUAAGGAGGGUUGUCUUUUCGAGUCCGAAGGAUGUUGGUAACAUAUGAACUUUUCUUUGUAGGAGAUUUUAUCGGUUUGCGUGCAGCCUUAAUUUUUAUGGGAUGAAAGUUGUUUUUUGUUUUGCACGUUUCCUUCUUCCAUUAUUGCUGACUUUUGGGUUGUUAUUGUGAACAGUUCGUUGGUAGGGGUUGGUAUUUGAAAUAAUUAAGUCUUAAGAUUUGUGUGAAAUGUAUUUGUUUGUUUGAUUUGAAUUUUCGAAUUUAGCCCUUGAUAUUAUUUUUUAAAUGGGCAUCCUUGUAAUGGAAUAACACAAUGGUUGUUGAAAUAAUUUAUUAUUGUUUUUUUAUUUUUUUUCCUUUCAAAAUUAAGAUCUCGUAUUUAUAACCAUCAAAUUUCUUUUACGCGGCCUAAAUGCAGGUCAAGGACUUGUACAGACCUUGGCGUCUUGGAGAAGUUGCUAAUAAUUUUAGUCAAGGGUGUAUUCCACCAAUUACUACUACAGUUACAGUUCUUUGCUUUGAAUUUGUAGACCUGUGAUUUUGCUUUAAUAAAGCCAGAGUAAGCAUUCUGUAGAUUUGAAUUGGUAGCACAAAUAGAGAUUGAGAAGCCUCCUGUAGGAAAUAUAUAAGAGCUGCUUCUCUUGUGACUUACCUAGUGUUCAAGAUGGCUGGUGUGAAACGAAGGAUUCAUAAUGAUUCAGAUAUCCUUGCUUUGCAUAAAGAAUUGGAUGAAGUCUCCUGCCCUAUCUGCAUGGAUCAUCCUCAUAAUGCUGUUCUUCUACUUUGCAGCUCUCACCACAAGGGUUGCAAACCUUAUAUUUGUGACACAAGCCAUAGGCAUUCAAAUUGUUUUGAUCAAUUCAAAAAAUUAAGAGAAGAAACUAGGAAGAGUCCACGCUUAUCAAGUCCUUUACCUAUUAAUCCAUAUAGUUUUAGUAAUCCUUCUACAAACAACUUGGGUCUGAGCAUUGAUUUGAAUGAAGUUGAUGAUAAUCAAAAUAUAAAUGAAAGGAAUACUGUCGCUUCUGCUGGAUUACCUGGUUUAGCUCUAGGGGAUAAUGGAACUGAAAAUUCUAACAGAACUGUAGACACAAACGAGGCUGGAGAUAUGGACACUGCUGGUUCUGGGUCCAUAACUGAAAGGGUUGAUCAAGAAGGUUUGGAUGCUGGGAACUCAUCUGAGUACUCGAACUUGAAGUGCCCUAUGUGCCGAGGUGCUGUGCUAGGUUUGGAAGUUAUAGAAGAAGCAAGAGAGUAUCUUAAUCUAAAAAAACGAAGUUGCUCCCGUGAAACUUGCUCAUUCUCUGGCAACUACCAAGAGCUACGCAGGCAUGCUAGAAGAGUUCACCCAACUUCACGGCCUGCUGUCAUUGACCCAUCUAGAGAACGAGCAUGGCGACGCUUGGAGAGACAGAGAGAAGUUGGUGAUGUUGUUAGUGCCAUUCGCUCAGCCAUGCCUGGUGCCCUUGUGGUUGGAGACUAUGUUAUUGAAAAUGGAGAUGGGAUGGUGGCGGGUGAAAGAGACAAUGGCACAGGUGAUGUCAAUGGGCCAUUGCUGACCAGUUUCUUUCUGUUUCAUAUGUUCGGAUCGGUUGAGGGUGCUCGAGAGCCAAGGCCACGCUCAAGGUCUUGGGUGAGGCAUCGACGUUCUGGAGGAGGAACACCUGUAUCAGAGCGACGGUUCCUUUGGGGUGAAAACCUUUUGGGAUUACAAGAAGAUACAGACGAAGAUUUCCGCAUAUAUAUCGGAAUGGGUGAUGAUGGAUCACCACCUACAAGAAGGAGACGUGUAACAAGGCCUGGAUCUGAUGCAGAUCAACCAUGAGAGGAUUCAUCUUCUGUGGUAAACAUCUAUGCCCUUGAUGUGAGGGAGAUUUGUUCCAAAUGAUUGGAGUGCAUUACAUUUCAUGUCGUCUCAAUACCUAAAAAGGUUAAUUCUUAACCCCACAGGGCGGGCAUCCCGCACAGCACUAAUCCAUCUUGUGGGGUCGUCUGGAACAUCAAGAAGUGCGUGCUUGCGAAUUCUCAAGGGUUCAGUUAGCCAUCAUCUUGAUGCAAAAUAGAGAGCCAUAAUUUGGCUCACACAGGAAGCAAGAAGAGGGAAGACCCGAUGAGAUGAAUAAAUGUCAUCUUUUCGAAGUUCUCAGAUGGAAUCAUUGUCCUUUUGCUUUAUUUUAAGAUAUAUAUGAUUGUAAUUCUGUUCCUAAUCUAUGUAUAUAAUGGGAAGAUGAUUUCAUUUGUUUAAUUUGGUGUGAUGGUGCUUUAAUUAUAUGUUCUGUAAGCUUAAUAGGCUUAUAUUUAUUUGUCGCUACUGAAUAUUCUGAAUGUAUGUCCUUUUUUUUAUUAUUAUUCUUUCCGGUGAA